ACCAUUCUUUAAAAGAAAAAAUGUUCAUUUGUUGUGCAUCUAGAAUUUUUUACUGCUAUUAGAGGCCCAAAACAAAAGAAAAAAUAGUACUUGAUUCCAGUACGAACAAACCCUAAAUCAUUCAGUAAAUUUUAAUUUAUUUUGAUCAAGCACCCGAGGAAUAGUCUCAGUAACAAAAAUGGCAGCGCCACCAGUGGGGGUGCCGGGUAUGGAAGGUGGUCCACCUGUAGCGCCACCUCCACCGGGAACAGACAUGACCGGAAUAUGCUUCAGGGACCAACUAUGGCUCAACUCAUAUCCGCUGGAUCGCAACCUUGUCUUCGAUUACUUCGCUCUAUCCCCCUUCUACGACUAUACCUGCAACAAUGAACAGCUCCGAAUGCGCUCCAUUCACCCCCUCGACUUCUCCCAACUCUCGAAAAUGACUGGCAUAGAAUUCAUGUUGAGUGAAGUUAUGGAGCCUCACCUUUUCGUUUUCCGUAAGCAAAAGAGGGAUGGACCUGAGAAAGUUACACUGAUGCUGACUUAUUAUGUUCUGGAUGGGUCGAUUUACCAAGCACCACAGCUUUGCAAUGUUUUCGCUGCUCGAGUUGGGCGUGCUCUGUACUACAUAUCAAAGGCCUUUACAACAGCUGCCUCAAAGUCAGAGAAGAUAGGAUAUGUUGAUUCCGAAAAUGACAGUGCAGCUUUGGAACCAAAGGUUGCCAAAGAGGCAAUUGAUUUUAGAGAUGUAAAACGAAUUGAUCAUAUUAUUGGAACUUUACAACGCAAGCUACCGCCAGCUCCUCCACCGCCACCAUUUCCAGAAGGCUACGUCCCCCUUACAAACUCAGAAUCGGAAAAUGGCCCUGAAACCCAGCAAGCUGGGGAGGCACGACAACCACCUUCCGUUGAUCCGAUCAUUGAUCAAGGCCCAGCUAAAAGAAUGAAAUUCUGAAUAAGAGCUAACACAUCGUAUCUUAUCUGCCUGGAGGAAGUAUUAAAAUACAAAACAGAAGAUUGCUUACACCAGAUUCAUCUUGUAUGCACCCCAGGAAUGUUUUCUGAAAGAAGUGAGCUAUAACGCUCCAUAGCCGUCUCCUCGAUCAUUUCAGCAAGCUGUUGCCAAGCAUUCCUUGCAAAAUUUGACCCAUUUCCUCCAUCACUUAAUCAGGCAAACGCCCCCAUAACUUUUCUUAUUAAGUACUAAAGUUAUUAUGUAAAACUAGGAAGACAAUGCAUUUGUGAUUUGAGACUGAACAGAACAGUUCAAGAAUCUGUUCCUUAAAUCCUUCAUAGCAUAAUUGAAAGUCAGUUGACACAAUUUUUAGUAUGUGUACAUUUGGAACACUUUAUAAAGCAUAUUACUAUAGUACAAAAGCAAUACAAUACAGUUUUGUUUU